AUGCUCAAACAUGAGAGAAUUAACGAAUGUCAGACUCCAUUCACUUUAAACACACCGGCUCUCCUCCAAUUUCUGGGCUAUGGCCUCUUAAUUGUGGCCCCCAAUUUCUACUGGCAACGCGCCCUUGAAGCGCGUUAUCCGGGGUUUCCUACGCGUGCCGAACUCUCAAAUGCAUUCAGUGUUCGAUCUCUGAGAUCUUUGUUCUCUCCUCACCCUUGGCUAUCUCUCUUCUCAAGAUCUCGCCAGGAGGAUUCGCUCCCUAGCCACAAGGAGAAAGAAAAGCAUGUCCGAUGGGCGCCACGAGCGCAGAGAUCUGGGCUGCGUAGCUUCGUUAUGAAGUUCUUCUUUGAUCAGACGGCUGCCUCCGUUGUAAAUCUCGUGCUAUUUGUGGUUCUCAUCAAUCUGCUGAAGGGAGAGACUCUGGCAAAGUCAUGGGAUUUGGUUCUUUUGGAUUUCCGGCCUCUUAUGAGUGCCCGUUUGAAGUACAGGCCUGUCGUUUCGGUCCUAAUGUACACAGUCAUUCCUGUAGACAGACGAGUAGUCUUUGGAAGUGCAUGUGGGGUGAUCUGGGGUGUGUAUCUGAGUUUAUAUGCUGGGGUUUAG